AUGGAUUUACACUAUGAUCCUUUAUAUCAUGUGGAGCCAGUGGCUGACAGUGAUACAGAUGAUGAUGGUGAACAAGAUUCACAACACAGUAAUAGCAACAACAACAAUGAAGAAUCGUCAUAUUUCAAACUACCUACCAUUACGACAAGUAGUUUCUUUAGUUCGUUCUCAUCGAUUGUCGAUUCUGUCAAACAGAAAUCAGAGGAUAUAAUAAACAUAUAUAAAGAGGAUCUACAAGGAUUCGGCUCUAGUUUAAAUGGUGAAGCAACAGAGGUUUUACAUAGAGACAACCAGGAAGCAUUAGAAUCUAAUCAAACUACUACUACUGGUAGCAGUAAUAAUUCCGAACAACAACAACAACCAUUACAACAAUUGAAAUUUUUGAAAUCAAAGAUUUCAAGUAGUAUCACUAGUUUCAUUGGUGAAUAUCCUGCACCAGAGUCAACAACAACAACACCAGCAACAUCUUCAGCAUCAACUACUACAACAACAACAACUAGCAACACUUCAUUUUCACAACCUACAGUUAAUACAUCGAAAGAAAGUUCAAAUUUGACAACACCUUCAUCUCCAGUGAUUAUAAACGAACCACCAUCUAUUUCAAUACAAGAAGAAUAUAAGCUAUAUUUAAAUGAUCCAGACAAUCGAUUGGAAGAGUUCACCAAUUUCAAACAAAACUUUAGCUUGCAAGUCUAUCGUGAGAGAAUAGUAGAGCUGUUGACAUCAAAUAAAAACAAAAUACAGAAACACUACAAUCUUUUGGUUCCUCAACAUGUUAAUGAACUUAAUUUUUGGUCUAGAUAUUUCUUUAAUCUCCAAUUAACUAGAGAUGAACCAUUAAGAAAGAUGAAAGCUCUAUCAGAGACUCUUGACAAUGAAGAAGAGGUCAAUUGGGAUGAUGAAUCAACAUCGACAACAACAACAACAGCAGCAACAACAAAUACAGAGGAUUUAAUUGAAGUAAACACAAAGCUUGAAGAGUUGACUACAACCGAUAAUAAUAACGUAAUUAAUAAUGAUAGUUUAGAAAAUAAUAUUGUAGAUAACAACAGUGAUAUAGAAACAAAAUCAGAUGAUAAAGAUAUUAUAAACAAAGAGAUUCUUACAUCAUCUGAUAUCGAUAUUGAUAAUAACAGUGUAAAUAGUAAUGAAUGUAUAAAUAAUAAUAAUAAUAAUAAUAAUAGUAGCAAUAGUAGUUUAAAGGAGAACUCUUCUUUCCAAGAAGUUGGUAAAGUCUUAAAGAAUGGUGAAACUCUGAGUGAUUGGGAAGUUAUAGACAAAAAGUUUUCAGAUGAAGAAGAGUGGACUUCUUGGGAAUAG